CACAGCAAGCCCACCAAGCACAGCAAACCCACCAAGUACAGCAAGCACACCAAGUACAGCAAGCACAACAACAGCCUCUAGCACAACAAGCACAAUUUUUUCUACUUCAAUGAAUAUUUCCACAGAUUCUACCAUCAAAACAACCUUAAAACCAGGUGUGGUCAUCCUACCUUGUCAGAACAAUGGAACAUUUGAUGGGAAUAAGUGCGUUUGUAAGUUAAACUUCUACGGGACUCUCUGUGAAUUCAUCUUGGAGGCGAUUCGACCAGUUAGUGUUACGGCCUCGGUUGAUGUCACUGUCAGAGUGCUAAAUAUAAAUUAUACGAAAGAGCUAGAGGAUUUCACAUCAGCAGAAUACAAAGAGUUUGAAACACGAUUCGAAAAUGAGAUGAAAAUUAUGUACAAACCAAUUCCAAAUUACGAGGGAGUGAAGAUUAUCAGCCUCAAGGAAGGAAGUGUCGUGAUCGAUCAUUUGUUAUUGGUGAAAGUUCCUAUUGAUACAUACGAUGACGUAACCAAUGAAGUUGCCAAUAAAGUGACCACAAUACUGGAAAGCACCAACUGUACAGACGAAAUAACACAUAAUAUAAAUGAAACUUUGUGCUUCAAUUAUACUGCAACAGUUCGAAAUUUGCCAAUUAAUGCCACAGGAAUAUGUUCAAAUGUGUCGGAAAUCCCACAGGAAGUUCAACAAUAUUAUACUUUUUACAAUGAUACAGGAAUUGCGAUGUGCAUUUCAAGAUGCAGUUCCCUUAGUCCUGAUCGUAUUAACUGCAACAAAGGACAAUGCUCUGUCACAUGGCAAGGACCACAUUGCUACUGUGAGACAUCCGACGAGUACUGGUACACAGGAGACCGCUGCCAGACAGCCAUCAGUAAGCCUGGAGUAUAUGCGGGAGUGGCUGUCGGCCUGUUUGUGUUGCUUGUCAUUAUUGUGGCCCUGGCUGUCAUCUCAUACCGACGUCGGAAAGCAUCCGACUCGGACAAGUUAAUAGAAAAAGAAAUGAGGUGGUAUGAGGAUGGAUACGAGGUGGAUAACCAAGAUGCUCCAUACUCUACUGGAAGUGCCAGUGGUUCUACCAAUUCCAGCUUCCAACCUAACCUGGACAAAGUAAACACUAAUAUUAAGAUGAAUAUCCCGAGGGCUGCCAUUGUUCCAGGUGGGAGCAAUUUCUCAUCAAGUGGUUGAGGACCUCAAGCUUUUAUAAUAAGAUAUUUUGUACAACAUAUCUUUACCAACUUAAAUAUUAGGUCAUCACAAAACGUUCUCAUCUUUAUAUUGUGAUUUCAUCAUUCCACAAAGCCGUUUACAUGAAUGGACUAGAUGUUCUACUAUCCAAGAGUUUUCUUCAUUUGUCAGCUAUACUAUUGGCUGUUUUGUGGACUUUCACAUGAACAUACAUUAUCUGGAACAAUGAAAAGUGGACCAUUGUUUUUCAAAAAUUCUACAGGUCUUAUAAGCACAUGCUUAAGUCAUUCCAGAUCUAAGGUUCCUUAGCCAACCACUGGAGGGACCAUGAUUCCAAAUUUGGAACAAAAUACUGGCAAAACGGAGAAGAAGUUGUUGCCUUCUAAGGUUAUUCUUGGUCUGACUCAACCUCAAGACCAAAACAUAGAAAUAAUAGCAUAUCAAAAGUCAUAGGUACCAUAGAGCCCAGUUCAUGUUGACCCCAUUCCAUAUUGAUGGCCUGUAGUGGUUCCUGUCUUCCCUUUUUCCACUUCAGAGAAUAUUGCACCAUUUACGAGAGAUGAAAUGAGCUUGAACUAAAAGUUUAUUCUCCGAAACAAGGUUGAGUCUUCCAUGAAGGGUGCACUCUAUUUGCUAUGCAACCCAAUCUUCUUUGUAGGCCAAGAAACAAAGCUUACAUCUUUAUUACGCAGACAAAAAGUUCUCAUCCCUUCUAAUCUGAAUCUACUCCGAGCCACUCUAGAACAAAAAAUAUAUAUAACUGAGUCUACAAUGUAUAACAAAAAAUAAAAUGUGUAUAUAUACGUAAUACUAAUCUGUUUACAGCACUUUAAUCUCAUGUGGGUAUAUAUAUACUGAUUAUGUAAAAACUUUUUUUUUAAAGUUCUAUUUAUUAAGUUAUAAUGUUAUUAUGAUAUAAGAUUUAUAUAUAUAUUUAUAUUAUUGAGUAUAUUAUAUG